GCUAUCUGGUCAUCCAGAAUCACAACAACACACAGACUUCUGCCCCAUUGAAGCGUGUGCAUCGUUUUCGUGACGUUGUUAGCUAACCUGUCUAUGGCCUGACUCUUUAAGAUAAGGUGGAGCGGGCACUGCCCCAGUGGCUGACGGGCAUCAUAGCUGUGGCCGCGUUUCUCUUCGUCAUCUUCGUGGCGUUUCUGGUCAACAAGGCCUGGUGUCAGGACUCAAGGUAAGCCUAUAGAUCGCUGUGACACCUGACCAUCUCCACAGUCCAUACAGCUACUGUAGUAGGACAGUCAACACUCUCAUAGGCUGUGUCUGAAAACUUGAAUAGGUGUUAAAUACCUACUUCCUCUGUCCUUCUUUGUGCAAUUCCUCACCUCCCUCUCAAAGCACAUCGGAGAGGAUUAAAGGUUCCUCCCUCAGACACCCUCCUCAAAUGAGCUUUGGGAGCGAGAUGAGGAAUCGAGGAAACAAGGAUGGAGGAAGCAAGGACUUGACAGCCAACAUUUUCAGACAUACUGUAGCCAAACACAUGGUUCUAAAGUGCACUGAGUAUACCAAACAUUAGGAUCGCCUUCCUAAUAUUGAGUUGCACCCCCCCUUUUGGCCUCAGAAAAGCCUAAAUUCGUCGGGUCAUGGACUCUACAAGGUGUUGAAAGCGGUCCAGUGGGAUGCUGGCCCAUGUUGACUUUUUACUUUAUUUUAUCAGGGAGUCAUACUGAGACAAAGGUCUCUUUAACAGAUGAGCCCGGAAUUACAUAAAUUACAGAAAAUACACACAUCAAUAUAAAUACAAAAUGCAAGCAGAAAGAACAACAUCGUCAUAAAGAAUAAACAUAUUCAUCAGUAAUAAGGUCCUCAAUCAGCCUUCUGAAUUACCAUAGAGGCACCAAAACAUCACAUUUAAGAAGAUUUUGAAGAUUGUUCCACAAAUAAGGUGCAAGAAAACUAAACGCUGACUUACCUAACUCAGUAGAGACCAAAGGAAUUUCCCAUCCCUGAGACCGGGUGUGGUAACUCGUAUGUCUAAAUUUUAGUAAAGAUGUUAGGUACAGUGGGACUUUUUGUAAAAGGGGUUUAUAAAUGAAAACAUAGCUUUGUAUCAACCUACGUGACAUCAAAGAGGGCCAACCAACCAACAAAAAUGUUGCCCGUAAUAAAGUGCAGUGCGCUAUGAUAAACUGCAUCUAGCAGCUUUAAUGAAGUGCCAGAACGUAGACUGAAUAAUCUGCUUUCUACUAUUUAGCGAGAGGCAGGACCUAUUUCUAUAGAAGAAGCCCCAUUUUAAUUCUCAGCUUCUUAACUAACUCAUCAAUAUGCUUUUAAAAAGACAGCUUUUCAUCUAUCCAGAUGCCCAGAUAUUUGUAAGCACGGACACGAUCCAUAUGGACACCAUCCAAAGUACAUAAGCUUAAAUCAGAGUUAUUUUUAUGUGCUCUAGAGAACAACAUAUACUUUGUUUUACCUGCAUUCAGUACUAAUUUCAGGUCAGUAAAGUUUUUCUGUAAUACAAUGAAGUCAGACUAGUUCAGAUAGAGCCUAGUCAACUGUGGGGGCAAUAGCAUACACAACAGUAUCAUCGGCAUACAAGUGCAGGUUACAGUUUUUUUUACAGACAAGUCGAUAAUGUUAAUGUAAACAGUAAAAAGUAAAGGACCCAGAAUCGACCCCUGCGGGACACCUUUUGUAAUAUCCAGGAAACCUGAUUUAACACCAUCAGUAGAUACACAUUGAGUUCUAUCUGUCCAGUAAUUUUUAAACCAUUUACAUGCAGCCUGGUCUAGGCCAAUUGAGGAAAGCCUCUGAAUCAACAGUAUCGAAAGCCUUUGACAGGCCAAUGAAGAGGGCAGCACAAUGUUGCCUUUUAUCCAUACAGUUAACCACAUCCUUUAUAACUAGGGAUGCAGCAGAGAUAGUGCUAUGACCUGGUCUAAACCCCGACUGAUGUACAUUUAGAAUACAUUUCAAAGAUAAUAAAGAUCUUAUCUGAGAAUGAAUCAAGGAUUCUAACAUUUUAGCAAGGCAAGAAUGUUUAGAAAUGGGGCGAUAAUUAUUUUGGUCACAAGGGUCACCACCUUUGUGAAGGGGGAGUACAUGGGCCGCCUUCCAAACCUUGGGGAUAGUACCAGAUAUAAUUGUCAGGUUAAAAUAUGGGUUAAUGAUUCAGCAAUCAGGGGGGCAGAGAGCUGCAGCAAAAAUGGAUCAAGCAUAUCAGCCCCAUUUGAUUUUAUUUGUAAAACUUUUUUUUUUUUACAGCUAAUGGGGAUCCCUAAUAAAUACAAAUACAUCAAUCUUAAUCAAGGCAUCUAGCAUAUCACAGCUACAGUGGGGAGAACAAGUAUUUGAUACACUGCCGAUUUUGCAGGUUUUCCUACUUACAAAGCAUGUAGAGGUCUGUAAUUUUUAUCAUAGGUACACUUCAACUGUGAGAGACGGAAUCUAAAACAAAAAUCCAGAAAAUCACAUUGUAUGAUUUUUAAGUAAUUAAUUUGCAUUUUAUUGCAUGACAUAAGUAUUUGAUACAUCAGAAAAGCAGAACUUAAUAUUUGGUACAGAAACCUUUGUUUGCAAUUACAGAGAUCAUACGUUUCCUGUAGGUCUUGACCAGGUUUGCACACACUGCAGCAGGGAUUUUGGCCCACUCCUCCAUACAGACCUUCUCCAGAUCCUUCAGGUUUCGGGGCUGUCGCUGGGCAAUACGGACUUUCAGCUCCCUCCAAAGAUUUUCUAUUGGGUUCAGGUCUGGAGACUGGCUAGGCCACUCCAGGACCUUGAGAUGCUUCUUACGGAGCCACUCCUUAGUUGCCCUGGCUGUGUGUUUCGAGUCGUUGUCAUGCUGGAAGACCCAGCCAUGACCCAUCUUCAAUGCUCUUACUGAGAGAAGGAGGUUGUUGGCCAAGAUCUCGUGAUACAUGGCCCCAUCCAUCCUCCCCUCAAUACAGUGCAGUCGUCCUGUCCCCUUUGCAGAAAAGCAUCCCCAAAGAAUGACGUUUCCACCUCCAUGCUUCACGGUUGGGAUGGUGUUCUUGGGGUUGUACUCAUCCUUCUUCUUCCUCCAAACACGGCGAGUGGAGUUUAGACCAAAAAGCUAUAUUUUUGUCUCAUCAGACCACAUGACCUUCUCCCAUUCCUCCUCUGGAUCAUCCAGAUGGUCAUUGGCAAACUUCAGAUGGGCCUGGACAUGCGCUGGCUUGAGCAGGGGGACCUUGCGUGCGCUGCAGGAUUUUAAUCCACGACGGCGUAGUGUGUUACUAAUGGUUUUCUUUGAGACUGUGGUCCCAGCUCUCUUCAGGUCAUUGACCAGGUCCUGCCGUGUAGUUCUGGGCUGAUCCCUCACCUUCCUCAUGAUCAUUGAUGCCCCACGAGGUGAGAUCUUGCAUGGAGCCCCAGACCGAGGGUGAUUGACCGUCAUCUUGAACUUCUUCCAUUUUCUAAUAAUUGUACAAUAACAGUUGUUGCCUUCUCACCAAGCUGCUUGCCUAUUGUCCUGUAGCCCAUCCCAGCCUUGUGCAGGUCUACAAUUUUAUCCCUGAUGUCCUUACACAGCUCUCUGGUCUUGGCCAUUGUGGAGAGGUUGGAGUCUGUUUGAUUGAGUGUGUGGACAGGUGUCUUUUAUACAGGUAAUGAGUUCAAACAGGUGCAGUAAAUACAGGUAAUGAGUGGAGAACAGUAGGGCUUCUUAAAGAAAAACUAACAGGUCUGUGAGAGCCGGAAUGCUUACUGGUUGGUAGGUGAUCAAAUACUUAUGUCAUGCAAUAAAGUGCAAAUUAAUUACUUAAAAAUCAUACAAUGUGAUUUUCUGGAUUUUUGUUUUAGAUUCCGUCUCUCACAGUUGAAGUGUACCUAUGAUAAAAAUGACAGACCUCUACAUGCUUUGUAAGUAGGAAAACCUGCAAAAUCAGCAGUGUAUCAAAUACUUGUUCUCCCCAAUGUAGUAAAUUGUUUAAAUGAAAACAAAGAUUCACUAGAAGUUGACGAGUUAACCGUUGAGUCAGCUAGAGGCUGGCAGAGAGAAGAGCAGUCGAUUGACUGACCAGGAUCAAUUUAACUACUGUUUCUCUCAAAUAAAAAGCCUGCCGAGAUAAAAUGAUGAUGAAAAGCAUCACUUAUUCCAUUCUUCUCAGUUAUUACGCCAGAGUCAGACAGAACUUGCUUAGGCAGAGAAGAGGAACUUGUACGCUUCAGUGCAUUUACUGUUUUCAAAAAUGUUGAAGGAUCACCAGCAGAGUUAGAGAUAGAGCUUAAAAAGUAGCUUGAUUUAGCUUUCUGAAUCGAGAUAGUACAUCUGUUUGUCAAUUGUCUAAAAGAUUGACAGUCCAUUACAGUCAGAAUUGUUUAAAAGGGGCGUGUUUAUCUGCCAGAGGAAUAAAUAUGGAGAAGAAAUGUUCUAGAGCCAACUCAGGGUCAGGAAUACAUGAGUUGUGGCUAAAUCACAGUAGAACAUGUCAUGUAAAAACCCUUGAAGAGAAAACCUUGUAAAACGUAUCUUCUUAAUUAAACAAGGAUUAGUACAUACUAUGGGACGAUGAUCACUGAGAUCAUAUGCAAAUACUCCACUAGACAAACAUUUAUGAGGGUUAUUAGUACAAAUUAAAUUAAUCAAUGAUGGGUUAACAGGGUUUUUCACAUUUAGCUGUGUGGGUUUUGAGAUCAAUUGAGUCAGAUUAAAAUCAAUGCAUAUACUCUUAAAUUUAUCUGAGGCCGGGGAUAGCCAAUCCAGAUUCAAAUCCCCUAGAAUGACCAACUCAGAGGACAAAAAAGUGUUAAACACUCGGAUAUAGCACCAAUAGCAUCCGCCAUGGCAGUAGGUGGGCGGUAAAUCCCAAGAACAAAUAAAAAAAAAUCUGGUUUAUGGUCAGAUCUACAACCAGGAGCCCUACGAGAUUUAAAGUCAGAGGGCGUAUUCAGCUCAUUCCCAUCAGAGCUAACAGGAAUAGUGUCAUCUGCAGCUAUUUGCUGAGCGAGCUGAGACUUUGCCAAGGUCCCUGGCCAACCACGUGAGAGCAGAGUAGACUGAGCAUUUGACCUCCCUCAAGUCGCUGGAUGCAGGGGCUGGAGCGGGACCUGGGAGAGCAGUGUUGGCAGAGCUCAGUCCACCCUGAUGAAGCUCCCGCCAAAGCAGUGGAGCUGCUGCAGGGGAUCGGAGUGGCUGCCAAUGCUCCAUUCUGGGUGUGCACAGGAGGCCUUGGUGUGGCUCCUUUUGCAGGGUUGGGGCUGCCAUGGGGGGCAGGAGUGUCCCAACCAAAACUAGCCUGGGAUGGAGGUUGUGGGAGGAAUUGAGGAGCGUGGUGUGGAGGGCAGUGUGACUGGCGAAGCUUCAAACUCUCAGCAUGAGGGCUGAUGAUGUGAAUGAUAAAUGGUGUGGACUGCAUCAUGUGGCGCACCACCCUCAACAGUGUUUUGCCAGACCCUAGGGUAGUAGUCAGUGCUUUGUAGAGCUGGGCUGAGUUGAGGUGGGCCUGGUCUGGUAGAGCUGUGCUGUGAUGGGCCGGGUCUAGUAGUGCUGUGCUGUGAUAGACCGGGUCCGGUUGAGCUGUGCUGUGAUAGCCCGGGUCUGGUUGAGCUGUGCUGUGAUGGGUCUGGUAGAUCUGUGCUGUAGAGUGGAUGGUGGUGGCUGAGAAAGUCCUGCCUUAGCUCAUGUAGCUCCUUCUGCAGGUUGUGUAUGUGGCUGGUGUUGACUGUGCUGGACAGUUCCUCUGUAGGUCUGUGCACUUCCAUCCUGGGAGCCUGGUUGUACUCCUGCACACCGCAGCUCCCGGAUCUCAUCCCUAUGCUGACGCACCGGGCUGAUCUCCUCCUCUAUAAGAUGCUGCGGUACUGCAGGUGUGAGAGAGGCAUGCUCAGGGCUGUGUCUGCUACAGGCGAGGGAAGGAGAGGGACACUGGGGACUACAUACUAGGGCACAGAGGGAGUGGAAGCUGUUGUAGGUAGUGACGGUGGAGAGGUUUUAAGUUUAGCAACAUGAGGUUUUAUUUGUUCAAAGUAGUGGACAAUUUGAUCCAGACUUGUCCUCCGAACCUUGAACCCUCACAGUGCCGUUAUUAUAAAUAUGAAUGUUACAUUUGGGUGUGGAAUCAAUGUACAGUUGCCUAGUUGUUCUGUUUUCACAUUUUAAGUUCAUUGUUGGUCUUGUGGAGAGCUUUGUGCCAAGCAUUAGGAUCAUCUGUGUAGAACAGAAGGUCUCCUUUUAUUUCCUUGUUCGCUUUUAGGAUGAAGUCUGCCCUCAGUCUCUGGGGAUUCUCUUAGCAAUUUAUUUUUGAAUUUAUUUUUUCCUGACUCAUUUGAAACAUUCUCAGGAUACGUGAUGGCAAGGUCUCUGAAACAAUGCUUAGAGAAUGCAUCCAUCCUCAUCUCCAUGGUGACCUCUAAACAACACACUCUGCUCUAGAAUGAUGUGCAUGUGCCUCUUGAUGAAAGCACUUAUUGAAAUAAUGCAGCUAUAGAUAAAUGUGGUUUUCAAUGAAACACAUACAUGAAGAUACUCUCUCAAUGUUCAGAAUGUUUCUACCUCCUUUCCAAGUGCUCUUUUGCUUGUUUGUUUAUCUGAAUGCUUGUUUACCUACCAAGGCCUGAACUAUCCUCCAGAAAUCCUUCCUCUUUCUCCCUCUGUUGUUGUCCUUGUUGGGUUUAAAGUCCUCCUAUCCAAUUCCUUCCUUCUUUAACCUAUCUCCUUCCAUUCAUCUACACGAGGGUUCUUCAAUUCCGGUCCUGGAGGGCAGAAACACCUCUGUUUUUCAUCCUCUCCUUCUAAUCAGGGGCUAAUUCAGACCUGGGACACCAGGUGAGUGCAAUUAACUACCAGGUAGAAAUAAAAAACAGAAGUGUUUCGGCCCUCCAGGACCGGAAUUGAAGAACCCUGAUCUACACUGACUGAAGUGGAUUUAACAAGUGACAUCAAUAAGGGAUCAUAGCUUUCACCUGGUCAGUCUGUCAUGGAAAGAGCAGGUGUUCUUAAUGUUUAGUAUACUCAGUGUAAUUCACAAUUCAAGAUUUAGAGUAUUGGGACACACGUUUUUGUCUCUAGCAAGAUAAGUAUUGGGUCUCUACAGACACAUUUGGGUCUUUAGCCCAAUCUCGUUUCUCCACCUGCACCAAACUAUAUGAGAUUGACAAGAUGUUAUAAUUGCUUCUAACUGAAUGGAAGGGAGCAUUCUAAUGUUUACCAUUCUCAAUUGCAUGAAGGCUGGAGACCAAAGUAUGUGAGUGUGGGAAGAACACUGGCUAUGCCAAGACCAAUGGAGACAACUAUGAUACCAGCCUGGAUAUGGUCAGGUAAGAUGCUCUAACAAUACCACUUAAACACUUAUUUUCUGUUGUUUUGUGGUCUACAUUUCUAAAAGUACUGACGACCUACAGAUAAAUGUUGUGGUGUGUGUGCAAUUACAGUAGGGGUUGUGUUCUAAUUAGUGUGUGUCCCCCCCCCCCCCCCCCCCACCCACAGGAGCAGAGAUCACAAGGGUGCAUAUGAGAACACAGCCCUUGAAGGCAUGGAGGACAAAGUCACUGUCAUGUGACCAAUAAGAACCAAUACAAGCCACCAAUGCGUGGUUUGUCGUGGACACACACACAUCGUUUCAGAGAGACAUACAAAGACAAUUUAUCAAUAGCACUCCAAGCAAGUAGCAAAACAAUUCAAGAUGAGUAGAAAUCAAUUAAAGUGUAGAAUAUUUGAUAAUUAUGUCAAACUAUUACUGAUUUAUAAAACAUGUAAUAACAUAAAGCCCAUAUGGGCCUAAAGUGUGACUUCAGUCUUAAUAUACAGACCUAAAAAAUAAAAUGAAAAAUUCUCAUAACAAUGGAAGCAAUUGAAAUAUUUGUUAUCAGCGUAUCAAUGACACAUGGUAGAACAACUUCAUAAAAUACAUUGAUUUUAAGGACUAAACAGCCACACUUGAAGAUCAGAGGGAGGACAUGGUGGAAAUGAUUGUGCUCCCCUUGUAUUUAAUAAAACAUGGAUCAUCAUCAGACAAUUAAUCAGAAUUCACAAAGAGCAUCAGUGUAUGACCACAGUCAGUAGGCUACACACAUUUAAAGAUAAGACUUGCAUUUGUGAUCAUAGAGAAUAUAUUUUUCUAUAGAUAUAUACUGUGUAACCACGUUAUUACAGCAGAGCUUGUCACACAUCGAUAUAUGAAGGGUGGAUUGUUUCUUUGGAUUUGAAAAUGCGUUCCAUCGAUCAAUGAUGUGAAGAAAUACGUUUUCUGUGGCGCUACGGACGAGCGUUCAGUUCAUCGAUGACAUAAGACGGAAUUAUUGGGAGUUACAGGAUCAUCAUCAUCAGUACAACUUCUGAUGAACACACGCAUGUGUACACACACACAGCCUAUUGCCAAUUGACACGCAUAGGAACAAUUCUGACAAAAUCUAAGUCUAGAGUAGAUGGAGAGAUCACAGCAUGAGGAAAACAGCAUGAGAGAGAGGGAAAGAAGAACGUGAAAUAGGCAGCAGUGAGUGGCUGAAUAUGUGUGAGUUUAAACGUAAUCUCUUUAAAGGGAUCUGGCAUUAAGACUUACAGCAAUAGGCUCUCACAGAAAUAAGACCGACGUAUGAUGAACACACUGUCUACUCUUGCACAUCAGCGACUCAUGGCAGAGCAGUAGUCAGUCCCCUUAAGAAGCCCACUUCCCCUAAAUCCUAGGACCCCUUACAAGUAUUUAGGACGCACACCAGAUUGCACUUUUACUGAGACAGGCACGGUUUGAGAGUUAAUAUGUAGGGUUUUCCUUAGUGUCAGCCGGGGUCGUAUUCAUUGUAGCUAAACGGUUUGCAACAGAAAACAAGUGUUUUUUAUUGGGCAAGUUCAGGUAUUGCCUCCUUGUUUCAGUCUGCUUUCUCUAGUUUGGGGCCUAAUGAAUACAACCGAGGGGGGGCCUCAAAGUGUCUUGGAGUAACGUGGUGUCACUUCCCGUGAGCGUGGAGGGGUUGCAGCAACACGGGAAACAAACGACGGGCUCCAGCCGAGGGAGACAGGAUAUCCUGUAAUUGUUGGGACGUGGUGAGCUUCUCGCAGCUGGACAGGACAGUGUGGAGCUACAGACACACAUGGUUGUAUUCAUUAGUGCACACCGUAGCAAAAUGUCUUGCUAUGCAAAACAAAAACAAGCAUUUCUUAAGUUCAGGU